GAGUGCUGCUGCCUCUUCGUCAAGGGGAUACUCAGCGAUCACAGAGACAGAUCUGCCGGGCGAGAUCCGCGUUGCAUCAGAAACCCGGGGUCCCCUGCCCGGCGUGACAGCACCGGUUACACUAGUCUGGUCCAGCAUCACUGUGACUGCUGAACCAGCACCGAAGCAAUGCAAGUGGCUCAUGGGUAGCGCGAAGCCGGAGGAGCGGGCCAAGGUCAUCCUGAGGGACCUAUCUGGUGUUGCUGAGCCGGGAACGUUAACGGCGAUCAUGGGUGCCAGUGGGUGCGGCAAAUCGUCCCUCCUGAAUGCCUUGAACUGUCGUAAUGCGGGCUUCUUGACCCUGACCGGCCAGAUUCUAGUCAACGGCGUCGAGGCAGACAAUUCUCUGGCUAGAAUCUCGGCCUACGUCCAGCAGCAUGACCUCUUCCAGGAAUGGCUGACGGUCAAGGAACACCUAACUUUUCAGGCUUCGGUUAGAAUGGAUAAGUCGCUCUCAACAGAAGAGCGCCGGCAACGUGUGACCGAAGUUAUUCGCUUGGUCGGUCUGGGCGGGUGUUCUGACACUGUCAUCGGCAACGCACAACGCAGUAUAAGCGGAAUUUCAGGAGGCGAAAGAAAACGACUUGCCUUUGCCUCUGAGGUGUUAACCAACCCGUCCCUGUUGUUCUGUGACGAGCCCACUACCGGACUAGACUCCUACAUGGCUCACAGCGUAGUGUCAACAUUGACGCGUUUGGCCAGGGAGGGUCGCACGGUGAUGUGCACCAUACACCAGCCCGCGUCGGCGACGUACCGCCUGUUCGACAGAUUGAUUCUACUUGCUGAAGGUGCCGUUGCAUUUCAAGGAAGCCCUAAGGACGCCGUUUCCUUUUUUGAAUGCCUGGGCUAUUCGUGUCCACCAAAUUACAGUCCUGCCGACUUCUUCAUCAAGACCCUUGCGAUUAAACCUUCAGAUGAGGAGGAGUGUCGGCGGAGAGUCCAGGAAGUAACGGCAGCUUUCUUGAAGUCGCCGUAUAAUGACGCCCUUAAAGAGAAAAUCUUGCAGUACUGCACUCAGAACCCGAAGCAAGAUAAAUCUGCGCUUAUUGCCACCCACUCUCCAUACAAGGCUUCUUGGUGGCGCCAAUUUACAGCUUGCGUUAAGAGAGCUUACCUGGGCAACAAGCGGGAGCCUCUGAUGUCAAAGAUCCGUUUUGUGCAGACAAUCGCCCUUGGACUCAUACUAGGCCUUGUGUUCCUCCAAGAGAAGAUUGACCAGGACGGUGUUCAGAAUAUCACCGGUGUCCUGUUUCUGCUGGUGUCCAACUCGGCAUUUGCUAACACUUUCACGACAGUCCAGGUGAUACCCAACGAAAUUGCCCUGCUGAAGAGAGAGCAUUACAGUGGCAUGUACAGGGUGGACGCCUGGUUCCUUGCCAAGUUCGUCACAGAGAUUCCGGUCCACAUAAUUCUGCUUCCAUUGAUUCUUGUCACGGUCCCCUAUUGGAUGAUUGGUCUGUAUCCGGCUGCCGUAAAUUUCUUCACAGCCUGCUUGGUAAUUUGCCUGUCCACCGGCACAGCUAUUUCCUUUGCGUAUUUCUUAUCUUCUGUCAGCCGUACCGUCUCCAUGGCACUGGCGAUCGCACCUCCGUUCGCUUUCGCCUUCAUGUUGUUGGGCGGCCUUUUCAUCAAUGUUGGAGACAUCCCCGUCUGGCUGGGGUGGUUCUCCUACCUGUCUUGGUUUCGUUUUGGCUUCGAGGCAUUGCUCAUCAACGAGUGGUCACAGAUAGACGACAUUGAGUGCCCAGUGAACUGGACCACGCCGUGUGUUGACGACGGCCAGAUGGUGUUGGAAACGCUCUCGUUUAGUGAGAGUCAUUUCCUAAUGGAUCUAUGUUGCCUAGCCAUCCUAUUCGUUGGCUUCCGCCUGUUGGCAUUUCUGGCUCUUCUGUACCGCUGCAGGCGACAAGUCAAACGUCAAGAGUUGAAGCCGUUAACUCAAUGAAGUCUGACUGCUCAGAGCUACCAGAGUAGCAGGAAAGGUCUCGACAAAGGAAACGUGUUAUGGACAUGAAACAUAAGCAAAAUACAUUUGUCAGUAACACCAUAUUAGUACGACAGCUUUCCGACGAAUUAAUUCAGAAACAAACAUAAAACCUGCGGGUUGGACUUUAGUACCUAAUUAAACUUAGAGAACACGACUUCGCCCUCAAGUCCCACAAUUGGAAUUAAAUCCAGGUGACGUUAGCUCCGCGUUUGUACACCUGCAACUGUGUAAAUUGUUAAUUGGCUCACUCACA